UGCAAACUCCUCCUCUCCAUUUACAGGAUGGAAAGCAGCACUCUUUCUCUGAAACUCUUUCUGCAGCUCAUGAACUCUGUGAAGAAAGGAACCCAGAGAGAGGAGACGCCAUGAGUCUGACUGCAGCACUGAGAGGAUUUGUUGUUGUUCUUUGCUGGUUUGCAGGGAUUCAUAGUCAAACAUGGGGAGUGGAAUACGCCUCCAAACACAUCUGUGCCUUUGAAGGAUCCACAGUGGAAAUAUCCUGCACCUACACAUACCCACCCAGGAUAAGUUACAAGAAAACUGUUGUUCAGAGAGAAUUCUGGUAUGCUAAACUGAAGGACAAAAACCCACUGGACCUGAGAGAAGAUCCUGACUAUGCAGGCAGAGUCACAUAUCGCUGUUCUGAACAGAACUGCUCACUGAGGAUCAGUGGUCUGAGACUGAAUGACUUUGCUCAGUACAAGUUCAGGUUUGAGACAAACCAACCUGAUGGGAGUUUCACCGGUAAACCAGGAGUCUCUCUGACUGUAACAGAUCUCCAAGUGCUGAGUCAAAGAAAGAGGGAGUGCCAGAGUUAUCCAUGUGCACGGUUUGAGCUUACAUGCCACAGCAGUUGUGUUCUUCCUCAUUCUUCCUACGUGUGGUACAUAAAUGGUGAAAUAACAACGGCUGGAUCACAACAAAAGUACUCAACCUACCUUUACGCUGCAGACAGUGUUUCCUGUGCUGUAAGAGGACACGAGUCUUUCCACUCUCCUGCUGUGUGUCCUCGUGUGCAGGUGAUCCGGUCUGGACUGGAGCUGGUUUGUCACAGCAGCUGUUUUCCUCGGCAUCACCUUUCCUUUGUGUGGUUCAUGAAUGGACAGGAAGUUCAGGGAGAAACUUCUGAUUAUUACAGAAAACCUGUUUCUCCUGAAGCCUCCUACUCCUGUUCUUACCAGGGUCACCGCUCACCUGAAGUCUAUGCUCCAAAGUCCGUUUCUGUAUCCAUGAGUCUGACUGAGAUUAUGGAGGGCAGUUCAGUGACUCUGACCUGCAGCUGUGAUGCUAACCCAGCAGCUAAAUUCAGAUGGUACAAAAACAACCAAACUCUGCUCCGUAAGGAUCCAAGUCUGAUCCUCAGGUCCAUCCAGCGUUCUGACUCCAGAAAAUACCACUGUGUAGCUGAGAAUGAACUUGGAGAAGCAGCAUCUGACCACGUCUUCAUAAAUGUUGAAUAUCCUCCAGAAACCUCCUCUGUGUCUGUGAGUCCCUCUGCUGAGGUCCUGGAGGGCAGUUCAGUGACUCUGACCUGCAGCAGUGAUGCUAACCCAGCAGCUAACUACACCUGGUACAAGAAGGAUGAAGACUCACCAAAAACAUCUGGACCAAUCUGGACCAUCAGUGAUUUCAGAGCUGAACACAGCGGCUUUUAUUACUGUGAAGCAGAGAACAGAAGAGGAAGUCUGAACUCCAGUUUACAUCUGAUUGAAGCAGAAACAGGUUCAUGGAAAUCAGCAGCAGCUGCAACGACCACAUUUGCUGUUUUGUUGUUUGUCUUUAUCCCUGCCUUUCUUUGGAUCAGAAAAAACAGGCGUGUCACAGAGCAGUGGGAGAAGAGACCUGCCAACAGAAGUCAGCUCAACACGAGUCCAGACAUCAACAGUCCAUCUGCAGAAACAGAAGCAGCAGAAGAGCAGCUUGAGCUUCAUUACAGCAGCAUCCAUUUCUCUAAGAACCAGGAGGAAUGUCUGUACUCCAACAUCAGGAGAAAUCCCAAACCCAGACAGAGACCAGAGGACAACUCUGUUGAAUAAUCUGCAGUUGGAUUCAAGAAAUCUGCUGAAGCUAAAAAAACAACAGAAGCUGAACAUUCAGAGGAUUUUUCUCUUUACAGCACCGUCAACAAAGUCUCAUCCUGAUGAAGGAAAAUCAGAUUUACCUUCACCUUCUGCUGUUAUUGACAUGUUUGCUUUGGUUUAGUUCAAUAUUUUAAAAAUGUUACAAUUUCUUAUAGAAGAAAGCAAAAAAAAUAAAGAAUUUGAUGCAAGAAGAUUCUCAGCUUGGUCACUUUUUCUCUUAAAUUAUUCAUCAAAAACACAACAAUCCAACAUAAGCAGCAGAACCUGUUUUUUAUAAAAUCACUUUCAGUUAAACAUGUUUUCCUAGGAUGAUUUCUUUGUAUUAGGUCAUUACAAACAGAAAAAUCUGCCAUUAUUGUUGUGCCGGCUUGGUCAUUAGAGUUUUCAUCAGAC